AGACAAGCCCCAGAACCUGCCAUUUCUGGGCGCGGGGAUUGUCCCAAAAAGGCGAGGCGCGGGGAAAUCAGAGUUGAUCGGCUGGGCGCGCGCGUUGAACCCCACUCUCCUCCUCCUCCUGCCCCUUCCAGCCCACUCACCCCGCAUACUUAUACGCCUCCUUGACGCGUCUCUCGACGCACUCUGACCCUCCGUGUCGUCGCGACCCACAUCCUCCCAUCUCUCCCAACCAUGACCGACGUGAAACGCGACGUUCGUUCGCCCAAACUCUUCGAAUGCGCCUGGGAAGUCGCCAACAAGGUCGGCGGUAUCUACACCGUCAUCAAGACCAAAGUACCCGUCACCGUGUCUGAGUAUGGCGACCGGUACUGUCUCAUCGGGCCUCUCAGCUACAAAACCGCCCCCAUGGAGGUCGAGGCCCAGGAGCCAACCGACCCCCACCUCGCCUCGACUCUCGAACAUCUGCGCAGUGCCGGUGUCAAGGCACUCUACGGCAGAUGGCUCAUCGAGGGAUCGCCUUAUGUCCUCCUCUUCGACACCGGAAGCCAGUAUUCGCGCCUUGACGAGUGGAAGGGCGACCUCUGGAACCUCGCCGGUAUCCCCACCCCACCAAACGACCACGAAACCAAUGAAACGAUCGUGUUCGGGUACAUCGUCGCAUGGUUUCUAGGCGAGUACGUUACGCGUCAGCUCGACACCGCCGUCGUCGCGCACUUCCACGAAUGGCAAGCCGGUCUCGCCAUCCCACUCUGCCGCAAACGUCAUAUCGACGUGACCACCGUCUUCACGACCCACGCGACCCUGCUCGGCCGUUACCUCUGCGCCGGCAGCGUCGACUUCUACAACAACCUCCAGUACUUCGACGUCGACCACGAGGCUGGCAAGCGCGGCAUCUACCACAGAUACUGCAUCGAACGCUCCGCCGCACACUGCGCGGACGUCUUCACGACUGUCUCGCACAUCACCGCGUAUGAGUCGGAGCACCUGCUCAAGCGCAAGCCCGACGGCGUCCUCCCGAACGGGCUCAAUGUCGUCAAUUCCAAAUUGCACCAGACGGCGAAGGCGAAGAUCCACGAGUUUGUGCGCGGCCAUUUCUAUGGGCACCACAGCUUUAGUCUCGAUGACACGCUCUACAUGUUCACCGCGGGCCGGUAUGAGUAUCGCAACAAGGGUGUCGACAUGUAUAUCGAGGCCUUGGCUCGUCUUAACUAUCGUCUCAAGAAGUCAGGUUCAAAGACCACCGUCGUUGCUUUCAUCAUCAUGCCCGCGGCGACACACUCGUACACAAUAGAUGCGCUGAAGGGUCAAGCCGUCACGAAGCAGCUGCGAGAUACGGUCAGCGAGAUUCAGAACAGGAUUGGGGCGCGGCUGUUUGAGCAUGCUAUUCGGUCUAAUGGCGAGCACGGAACACUGCCAACACCGGACGACCUUCUUUCAGAUGAGGACAAGGUGCUCCUCAAGCGCCGGAUCUUUGCUCUGAAGCGCAACGCCCUUCCGCCGGUCACGACGCACAACAUGGCCGACGACGUGAAUGACCCGAUCCUGACCCAGAUCCGGCGGGUGCAGCUGUUCAACGACGAGAGCGACCGUGUCAAGAUCGUGUUCCACCCCGACUUCCUCAACUCGAACAACCCCGUGCUUGGCCUUGACUACGAGGAGUUCGUGCGCGGAUGCCAUCUUGGCGUGUUCCCGAGUUAUUAUGAGCCGUGGGGAUACACCCCGGCCGAGUGCACGGUGAUGGGCAUCCCCUCCGUGACGACGAACCUGUCCGGCUUCGGUUGCUUCAUGCAGGACCUGAUCGAGCAGCCGGAGGACGAAGGGUGCUACAUCGUCGACCGGCGCUCGCAGUCGGUCGAGGACUCGGUGAGCCAGCUGACGGACUGCAUCUUCAGCUUCUGCCAGAAGACGCGGCGGCAGCGGAUCAACCAGCGGAACCGCGUCGAGCGGCUCAGCCCGCUGCUCGACUGGAAGAACCUCGGCAUCGAGUACUCAAAGGCGCGCCAGCUCGCGCUCCGCCGCGCGUACCCCGAUGCGUUCUACGGUGCCGGCGCGGAGGGCGAGGAGGAGGAGUUUGACUUUGGUAUGGAGAGGAUGCCGCCGAACUCGGUGCCUGCGAGCCCGAGGUGGAGGAUGUCGGGCGUGGCGACUCCAGGAGAUAUCGGGACGCUCACGGAGGAGAUGCAGGCCCUGGGGACGAGCGAUUACCGCGGGUACCACUGGCCGUCCCAAGCUGACGACGAGGACGAAGGCUAUCCUUUCCCUCUCGUCAUGAAGGUGCGGUCACGCGCAAGCUCCGUGAUGUCCGGUGCGAGCACGCCAGGAGGCGGCAAGUCAAACAGCUUGAGCGAGGGCGAUCUCUACAAGGCGGAUGCGGCGCUCAGUCAAGUCAAUGGUGUGAACGGGGUGAAUGGCAGGCACUAACGGAUUGUAAUGUACGUCGUGAUGAAUACAUGGUACCAUUAGUUGUGUGUGUGGGAGGGGCAUUGCCUACUAGCUGUACAGUUUCAUUGCAAUCAGGCCCAUCUGAGGAUGUCAGAUAGAAAACAGGAUUUACAUUUAAACCCUAGGAAUGCAAAUGGUUCCUUGGCUGUGUAGAUUAGUUAAAAUAUGCCAAUCUCAUCAUUAUCUGGGACACUUACAUGCAAAAUGAGUACCUCAUGCACACUUGC